UGGCUGGAAAGAUAAGCGAGUCAAGUACAUGGAGGCCUAGAGCAAAAUGGGUAACCAUCGUAGCAGUGCAACUAGGGUAAUGAAACUACCCAGACCCUGAUUCCAUACUACUACUACUACUACUACUACAUAGUAGUCUUCCUUCGCCCGUCGGACCCUCAGGAGCCAGAUCCCGCACAACAUAUAAGAAACAUGAAAGCGUAGAACCCCCAGGAGACUUUGGUGAUGAAACCCCUCCCCGCCCUAUUGUUCUCGACAUGGCUGCAACAACUCGGCUCCUCGCCCUGUUCGCCUGCCUCCUCGGGCUGGCGAGCUUCGUCUGUGCGUCGACGGUGACAAUGUUAAACAUUACAGCCUUGCCAGGUUGCGCUGCCACUUGCAUAUUGCAACAGAUGGGACGAUCCGAGUGCGGCUUUGGCAACCAGACGUGUCUCUGCGCCGACGAGGCCUACAACGACCUCGUCACAACGUGUGUUAUGGGAAACUGCACAGUCAAACAACAGCUUGUAACCAAGAACCAGACCAUGGCGGCCUGCGGGAAGAUAUCGGUAACCCAGACAGACAGCACCCUCAAGUGGCUGCGCGUAACCCUCUUUAUCCUCCCAACCUUCUUUAUUGGCGUACGCCUAACGAGCAAAAUCCUAAAGCUCUCGACCUGGGGCUGGGACGACGUAACUAUCAUGUUUGCCUAUGUUAUCCUCGUAGGCUUCAUGCCAGCAAACUUUCUUAUUACAGCAGCCGGCUCAGGAAGAGACAUGUGGACGCUCACUCCUAACCAGAUCUCUCGGGUCCUCCUAAUUAUAUACAUCUUUAACCUACUCUACUUUACCUGCCUGACACUUAUCAAGGCCUCCCUUAUCCUAAUGUAUCUGCGUAUCUUCCCUGACCGGUCAGUUAGGAAGAUCCUGUGGGCUACACUGGCGUUAAAUAUUGUGCUCUGGGUUGCCUACCUGCCCCCGGCUAUCUUCGUCUGCCGCCCUAUCAGCUACUUCUGGGACGGCUGGAUGAAGGAGUCAGAGGGCCAGUGUAUUGACUACAACGUCUCGACUAUCUCCUAUAGCACCUUCCAGCUUAUUCUUGACGUUAUCCUGCUGGUGACCCCAGCAACACAGAUCUGGAACCUCAACAUGAGCCUCAAGAAGAAGAUUGGCGUGUACCUCAUCUUUGGCACCGGCAUCUUCCUCACAGCCGUCGGCGCUUACCGGAUCAGAGCGCUUGCCAUGUUGACGACGUCUACCAACCCCACAGUCAACACGUACGAAACCGCCAUAUGGUCCAACGUCGAGCUUUGCACGGGCGUAUUCGUGGCCUGUCUCCCUUCCACGCGACAGCUCUGGAAGACGACAGUCCCGACCUUGUCCAACUUGACGAACAUCGGUUCCAAGUCGGCGGCCUCAAAGUCCUCGACCCCCGGCACCAAUUCCCACGGGACGGCAGGCUACGCCAAGAAGCAGCCCGCCGAACGAAAAUCCUGGGUGUUGCGUAUGGUCGACGACACCAACAAACCCGUCCCCCUCCGCGAGCUCCGCAGCGUAAGCACAGUAAGCCUAGUGGAAUCCCCUGACCGUCCUGAUCGGUCAAUGCGUUUCAACGAGGUAUAGACCGGAUCCCAUUAGGAAUGGGUGAGGGUCGGAGGAUGGAAGGGACCAAUGAUGCACAGACCCUAGCUCACACUCAC